GUCCUGCAACGCGGACGACAACGUGUACACCACGUGACCCCUCAAGGACACAGGCAUUGUGGGCGCUCGAUACGGUUGCACCUGUCUUAAUUAUCUCGACGCCGCCGCACCAUGAAGGGCAUUGCGAAGUUCGCUAAGCGGACCCCCCACAUGCUGGGAGGCAAAGUGGGCAUGGCCUCCAAGUCGCACGACGCCCAAUUCGACGACAUGAACCGCCGCUUUACUGUCAUCGAGAAGUACGCCGAGAAGCUGCUCAAGGAUAGCACCACAUUUCGAGAGGCUGUCAAGAACAUGCUUAUGUCGGGCGAGUCGUUCGGCGCCUGCUUCACGAGCCUUUUCUCGCCCAUAGGUGCCGAGAUUGACAUUGAAAGGAGUCAUCCGGAAGCGUCUACGACAAUUCAGAAUCUGCCAGCCUAUCGGCAGCACAUGGAAGACCUCCGCGAGACACUCACGCCCGAGAUCGAUCUCAUCGACAGCCGCAUUAUUUCGCCCGCCAAUGACUUUAUCGCAAUUCUCAAGGCUGUUCGCAAGAACAUCACCAAGCGCGAUCACAAGCUCGUUGAUUUUGAUCGGCACAACAACACUUAUACGAAGGCUCGUGACAAGAAGGAGAAGACGCUCAAGGACGAGCAGAAUCUCUUUAAACUCGAACAGGAAUUUGAGACCGCGGCAGCCGACUACGAAUACUACAACAACACCAUGAAAGAGGAGCUGCCCCAAUUUUUUGAAAUGGCCGCCCGCUUCAUCACGCCGCUUUUUCACAGCUUUUACUACAUGCAGCUCAACGUCUUCUAUCUAACCCUCGACAAGCUUCAGACAUUUGCCGAUGGUCGAUACGAUGUCUCUGCCCAAGCCGCUGCUUCAGUAGAGGACAACUACGUGGCCCAGCUGUCAGAUGCGGCCGAAAAAUUGGAGGCUCUAUCCAUUCGCAAGCCCGCCAUGCCCACCGCCAAGCUCUUGCAGCAGAACCGAUCUCCCUCGGCUUCCUCCGGGGGCAGCGGCUCGGUUCUGGGCGGAAAAGGAGGUGGCAUGGCUAGCCGGGCGCCAUCCAAAGGGGGUCUUGCGCGCUCACCGUCGGCAUCAGCCACGGGCCCACCACCUUAUUCUUCCGGCGCCGGGGCCGCGUCCGCUGCUGCUACCAGCAAACGCACCCCCCCACCGCCCCCUAAUAAACCCAAGCCCGGUGCUGCUUCCGGAAAGUCGUACGUCGUUGCGCUUUACGAUUAUACAGCAACAGCCGAUGGUGACCUAUCUUUCAGCGCCGGGGAUCGUAUCGAGGUGGUCGAGAGGACCGCGAGUACCGAGGACUGGUGGACGGGAAUCGUCAACGGUCUACAAGGAGUAUUUCCCGGUAAUUAUGUUCGGGAUGAAUAGAAGUAGGAGUGGGCGGGUCGGUCAUAGGUCAUCAGCGUCGUUAUCGACCGCUGCUCUUCCUCUUUGUUUGCCAAGCAAAGAAUCCACAAAUGACAUUGCGUACUUUUCAGUCUCUACUUA